UUGAGUUUUUUACUGUACUAAAUCUCUGCUUUUACUGAGAAGACCUCAAAACUUACUGCCUACCAGUGAACGAGCUCUACCUGCUCCCUGUACUCACUGAAGACGAAGAAACCAUGGCAGAAACACAUCCGACAUGUUUAGCUUCUCUGAUAUAUCUCCUGCGGGAGCGGUUCUACAGGCAGGCCGUAAACAGCGCUGUGAGCUUUCUAAAAACUUACCCAAACGACCCUGUGCUCCUGUUUUUCAAAGCGUUUGGAGCUCUGAAUGAAGGACGUACUCAAGAGGCCAUGAGGGAGCUGACCCACCUGAGAGACAAGCCUCAGACCUCGCUGUGCUCAGUGAUGGCUCUCCUCUGUGCACACAGGCAGAGUGAGACCGUUGACCGAGAGGCUGUAUCUGAACUGGACGCCUGUCUAAAGAUGUCCAGGAGGACAGCUGGGGACAGGGCUCUGUACUUUGCGUCCCUGCUCUACUGGAUUCUGGGUCGAAAUGAGAAGGCCAGAGAUUAUGUCGAAAAGAUGUUAAAGCUGUCCAGUUCCUCUUCACAGGGGCUCAUUCUCAAGGGCUGGAUUUUCCUGACUUCUGAUAAUGAUGUUGAACGUUCUCAAGCUGCCCGCUACUUUGACAGUGGACUGCGUGACUCCAAAGAUGUAUUUGGAUUGAUGGGAAAGGCUGAGUUCUUCAUGGUGAGACAGAAUGAGUCGCGUGCGCUGGACAUGGUCAAUCAAAUCAUAGCCUCCCAUCCUCAAUUCAUUCCAGCACUUGUUCUCAAGAUGAACAUAUUCAUGUCUCACCAUAACUGGGAACAGACAGCUGAGGAGGCUGAGAGAAUCCUAGAGACAGAUGCUCAUAACUUGAAAGCCCUUCAGAUGAUGUCUGUAAUCUCUGCAGCGAAGGACGGUGAUAUGAGGAAGGUGAAAGAGUAUCUUCAGCGGCUUCUGAGUGCCGUUGAAGUCACUGAGCCCAGCACUCUCAGCCUGCAUGUGGAGGUCACACUGCCCAUCAGUAGACUGUGUGGACACAACGGAGAUGUUGUUCAGAUGCUGACAUCAUUUGUGCAGAGAGCUGUGUCCAGAGCUCCUCAUGACUCUGCUCUGGCCUCUGAGCUUGGCUACCUCCUCACUCUCCAGCACAAGUAUAAAGAGGCCCACAGAUGGUACACCAAAGCUCUGAAUGUAGACCCAGGGAGCGUAGCUGCAUUAGAAGGUAUGAUCAGGUGUCAGCUGACGGAUGGACAGGUGGAGGAGGCGGCUCAGCAGCUGGACUUCUUCCAUGAAGUGCAGCAGUCACUUGGACGGUCAGCGGAAGUGACCCUUCUGCAGGCCCUGUUGGCCCAGAAGAAGGGAGCUGCCCAGGAGAGUGUGGUGGCCCUACUGAAGGAGGCCACAGAGCUCCAUCUGCAGGCCCUCCGAGGGCUUCCCCAUAGUGUGGACUACCUGCAGAGACUCAACCUCAAUUUCCUCCUUCAGGUUGUCAGAAUGCAUCUUGCCAACAGCCAGGAUACUCCAUAUGAUGCUGGCCAGCCCCAUCCCUUUGGACUGAAACACUCCAGUAUGAUUCUAGAGGCUGUUAUUAGAGCUGCGCCUGGUGUGUUUGCCAGCUGCUACUAUAUGGCACAAGUCAAAUUUCUAACAGGUGAUCAGGCAGCUACUCAACACUUUCUGAACCUGUGUAUGGAGAAGGAACCCACCAUGCCUGAGAUCCAUCUCCUACAGGCCAAACGUCACCUCCAUGCUGGAGACUUCAGCAAGUGUCUCAGCUGUUUGGAGUCUGGUGUCAGCUAUAACUUUGAAUUACGACAGAUGCCUCAGUAUAACCUGAUCAAAGCCAGAGCUCUGAAGGGGACUGGGGAGCUGACAGCAGCCAUCCAGUGUCUGCGCAUGGUGUUGAGCAUGCCAGGGGUCAGGAGGGUCACUGAGGGACAGAAAACCUCCCUCUCACUCAGUGAGAGAGUUUCGGUGUUCCUGGAGUUUGCGGAUGCCCUGCGGCUGAACGGAGAGCAGCAUGAGGCUGCUAAGGUCAUGCAGGAUGGAAUUUGGCAGUUCAAGGAGACCCCCGAAGAAAUGCGGGUUAUGGUGGCUAAUGUAGACUUAGCCUUGGCUAAAGAUGAUGUUGACACUGCUCUUAAUGUACUGCAAAGUGUCCCACCUGGCAAGUCCAGCUACAUACAGGCCAAGGAGAAGAUGGCCUACAUUUACCUGGAGAGAAUGAGAAACAAGAAACGCUACAUAGAAUGUUACAGGGAAAUCUGUGAACAGCUACCUGGACCUCACUCCAGUGCGCUGCUGGCUGAUGCCUUUAUGAAGAUACAAGAGCCAGAGAAAGCUAUUGAGGUCUAUCAAGAAGCAGUAAAAAUGGCACCCAAGGAAGCUUCAUUUGCUACGAAAAUAGGCCAAGCCCUGGUGAGAACACACCAGUACGACAAGGCUGUUAACUACUAUGAGACUGCCCUCAGCACCAGCAUGCAGGACUCUGUGUGUCUAGAGCUGGCUGAGCUCCUGCUUAAACUCAGGCGUUUUGAAAGAGCUCAGCAAAUCCUAGAAAAGGCCUUGGACCAUGAAGACAGUGCUAAUCUGUCCACAAUGAUAAACGAUGUGGCAUUUUUAAGAAUGCUGGUGAAAGUGAUGCAUGCCAAAAAUGAACCUUGUCUGGACAAGUUACAACAAAUCUAUGAACUCCAGCAGAAGAUUGUGAGACGUUUGUCAUUUGAGCAGCCAGAGAAGAUUGAUCAGCAGAAGAGAAUGGCAGCAGUCGUUUGCUGUGAGCUGGCUCAAAAGUUCUGCAGCAACCAUGAUCUUGAGAAGGCCAAGCAGUGCUACUCAGAGGCCCUGAUGUACUGCACAGACGAUAUAGAAAUUAACUUCCAGAUUGCACAGCUGUACUAUGAGCACCACAGUCUGGAUUACUGUGAAGACCAGUGUCUUAAGAUACUGAAGCUUGAUGAAAAGCAUACCUCCACAUCUAUGCUGUUAGCUGAUGUGGUGUUUCGGAAAAACCGAAGAGAAGAGGCCAUCAAGCGGUACUCAGACAUCAUCUACCAAUAUCCAGGCAACUUUUGUGCGCUGGCAAAGCUUCUCCACAUGCUGCGCUGGGUGGGGAGACUGGAUGAUGUACUGCCUUUCUUUAAGACGUGUGAAACCUACUCUUCAACUGCAGUUACAGAACCAGGUUACAACUACUGCAAAGGACUCUACUAUUGGCAUGCAUACCGUGUGAGGGAGGCACUGAUACACCUGAGCCAGGCCAGGGGGGAUCCAGAGUGGGGGGAAGAUGCUGUGGAACUGAUGGUGCAUAUCUGUCUUAACCCAGACAAGGAAACAUUUGGAGGAGAGGUGUUUGAGAGCUCGGAGGAGGACCUAGAUUCUAGUCCACCGUUCGCCUUUGGGGGUAAAUUAAUAGGAAUGAGCAUAGCCCAGGAUUUGCUCAGGACCUUCCGGCCCCGCUCUAAAACUGGCCAAUACAAAGCUGUCUUCCUUUACAACCUCUGCCUGGUCCACAGCAAGGAGCCGAAGCAAGUGGAGAAGGCUGUGCUUGUUCUGUCUGACAUGGUGGCAAAAAAUGUGUUGUUGGAGGCCUCGUUACUGGUAGCUGCUCAGGCUUUUCUGCUGCUCAAACAGUCUCCCAGGGCCAGGAACUUUCUGAAAAGGAUCAGCAAAGCACAAUGGACCCAUGGCAUCGCUGAGGACUUUGAGAAGAGCUGCUUGCUCCUCGCUGACAUGUACAUAAAAAUGGGAAAAUACACAAAUGCAGAGAAGCUUUUGGAUGACUGUAUACGAUACAACAUGUCAUGCAGCAGGGCAUACGAGUACAAGGGCUUUAUGAUGGAGAAUGAUCAGAGAUACAAGGAUGCUGCUCAGCAGUAUGAGCUGGCCUGGAAAUACAGCUACUUCACAGACCCUGCUAUUGGAUACCGACUUGCCUUCAGUUACCUCAAGUGUAAGAAUUACACACAGGCAAUUGACGUGUGCCAUCAGGUUCUGCUGGAACAUCCUGAUUACCCUCAGAUCCAGGCUGAGAUUCUGAACCGUGCCCAGCUGUUGCUAAGACCAUAAGCAUGAAGAGUCUUUUUUUAUAGUUCAAACAGCAUUCCCAUUUUAUAGUUACAUGGUUUUAUAGUACAUAUGCUUUUAUAGUUUGCAAUAUAAAAUGGAUGUGUUAAAUGGGCUUAAACUGGACUGCUCUCUGUCCCUUCGAUAUGCAAUAUGUUU